GUAGCUGAAUAUAUCUUGUCACUCCUCUCAAUCCAUUUCACCAUGGCCGAAGCCCCCAUCUGCAAGGUCGUCCUCGCCGGCAACGUCGCCAAAAAGCUUCUUGCCGAGGUGCAGGAAGGCCUGAGGGAAAUCAACAGAGCCCCGCUGCUCGUUGGCUUCCUGGCCAGUGGUGACCCGGCCGCGCGCACCUAUGCCGAGUGGACUGGAAAGACGGCGCGUGAAAACGGCUUCCAGUACGAGCUCCGCGAGGUUGACCGCGAGGAGCUUGAAGAUGCCAUCAUCAAGGCCAACGUCGACGACAAGGUCGACGGCAUCAUGGUCUACUACCCCAUCUUCGGCACCCGCCAGGACCAGUACCUGCAGAACGUCGUCGAUGUGUCCAAGGACGUCGAGGGUCUCACCCACCGCUACGUCUCCAACAUGUACCGCAACGUCCGCUUCCUCGACAACGACCAGACCCGCAAGAGCAUCCUGCCCUGCACCCCGCUUGCCGUCAUCAAGAUCUUGGAGCACCUCCAGAUCUACAACACCAUCCUGCCCUACGGAAACCGCCUGCACGGCCACACCAUCACCGUCAUCAACAGGUCUGAGGUUGUUGGAAGGCCGCUGGCGGCCCUGCUGGCCAACGAUGGCGCAGUCGUAUACUCGAAGGACAUUGAUGAUGUGCAGCAGUACUCCAGAGGCGAGGGGCUGCGGAAGCGAGCCCACGUCGUUGAGGAGAAGUCGGGCUGGGAUCUGGAGCAGAUCCUGCCUUUGAGUGAUGUUGUCAUCAGCGGUGUCCCUGGCGACAAGUUCAAGGUCCCAGUUCACCUUUUGCGACCCGGUGCUGUGUGUAUCAACUUCUCCAGCGAGAAGAACUUCAACCCGGACGUCAAGGAGAAGGCCUCAAUUUACGUCCCUGCCAUCGGCAAGGUUACUAUUGUGGUUUUGCUCAGGAACCUCCUCCGCAUUGUUCAGAACAGGGCGGACACGCAGGGCAAGCCUGCGGACGCGGUUGAGAAAGAGGGCACGCUUGAGGGCCAGCGUGCCAACUAGAUCUGUGCACCAAAAUUGGCUGAAUUGGCUAUGGUCGUUCAGGAGACCACACAAAACCCUUAGAUAUAGAUACCAUAGAGCGCCUGAAUGUUUCCCAGCCAACUCCCAGCGCCCACUCCAAAUGCAUCCAAAGCUCCCC